UGUCGCCUUAAAAAGUGACAAUAAAGAUCAGAAUUUAAAUUGAACAGACAUUUUAAUGUUAUCCUUUUCAACACACACUGAAAAAUCCCAUCGAGGUACAGAAGGGUGACAAAUUAAAGUAAAAACCAAUAGAAACUGUCUUUUUUUCACAAUUUAGAGUAACCAAUUAACCUCAGCAUAUUUUUUGGACUGUGGGAGGAAGCCGGAGUACCCGGAGAAAACCCACGCAUGUACAGGGAGAACAUGCAAACUCCAUGCAGAAAGAUCCCAGGAUUUGAACUGAGGAUCUUCUUGCUACAUGGUGAAAGUGCAAACCACUAUACCACUGUGCAGCCCUAACAGAAACUGUCGAUGAGUUGGUGGGCCUCCAGAACAGCUUCCUUGGCUGUAAUUCCUCUGAAAGAUGUUCCCUUUUUUGGUGUUUAAAAAAAAAAAAGACAAGACAUUCAUGUGGUUGUUCAUCUGUUGCAUCAUAACAGCUGAUUGAUUUGCAGAAACUUCUACCUCUGAGAAGACAACUGGGCCCAAACCAUGCCAGAUAAGUCUCAUAACAGAGACAGAAUUUCCCUUCAGUUUGUCACGUUUCUAUAUGUAUUGUACUUGCAAAUUCUUUAAGUUUUCUACAUACCUGUAAAAAGCAACAUGCUCGCUCUUCUUGAACUUGCCUUUGCCUUCAUCUUCAGGGACGACACUGAGAAAUAAGCAGGAAGAAAAUUAAAUAUGUUCAUAACAGGAGCAGCUUCAUUAUUCUUCAGGUUUAAACUCGUUUCUCCUCCUGACACUGACAGGACGAGGAGCUGCACAGAUCACAUGCAGGAAGUGACACCAUCAAGCCAGCCGACGUGCAAUACAACAGCACUUCCGUGUGGAUUUUCAAAAUAAUGUGCAGCAGCUGUGUGUUAAGCUUUGAUCCACCUGUUAUUUGCCAUAGUUUUUCCAUCUUUGCUAACGUCACAUAAUGUUAUCAAAAUUACAGAAUGCCACAAGGUAAAUAUUUUAUUCCAUGAAGAACCAAAAAUUAAUACAUUAGAAACAUUUAAAAUAUCAAUAAAGACUCGGUUUUUACUAAAAUCAGUGCAAUAUUCCACAUAUUUCCACGUAUAGAAGACUCUGUACAAUAUCUAAAUUUCUACCCAUGUGGUGUGAAAAAUAUUUUUUGAAUGUUGGUGCGAGAAUGUUCUUUCUUUUUUACAAUGGAACAUUGGGAGAAUGUUUUAUAGACGAACAUCCUACAACAUCCCCAAAACACCCCCAGAACUGAAGAAAUUAAUCUGAGGCCCCGAUAACAUCUUAAAACCUUUUAUUUCAUUGCUACAUAGAGAACAUGCUUCCUUUUUACGCUUUAUGGAAGAAUGUUCUAUAAUUAGUUCCUGAACACAUUCUCAGAAUAUGGUAUGCAGAAUGCUCCACUUUGUUCAUACAGGAACAAUUUAUAAAAAUCAUCUGAAACAACAUUUGGAAAACACUUUGAAUGUCGGUCUUAAAAGGUCCUUGUAUUAUCAUAAACCUGUGUUUUAUAGUAGAAAAUUAUGUUUUCAAGAACAGCGUUUUCUAAUAAAGCUAUCUGUUAUCAUACAACGGUAUUUUGUAGUAUCCACCAGAAACAUCCUCUGAACAUUGUUAUCAGAAUGUUCCACAUUUUGGUAAUAUAUGUAUAUGACAGAAACGUAACAGAAGCAUUAUUGUACUACUUCACACUAGGAAUCGUUUUAUUACUAUUAUUGAUUAAAAAAUUAAUAACAAAUGUUAUUUAUUAUUUUAUCUUAUAUUUAAAUAUUAUCAACACACUGUGUCCCUUUAGCAUCAGAAGCUAACACCAGUUGCUAACGUGGUUGCUAAUGGUAACGGCGUCGCCCCCCGGCGGUCAGAACCGGAAGUGCGGCUCCCGGAACUGGAGGCGGAUACGACUGUGACCGUAGUAGACGCACAAAUGAAGAUGCCAGAUGCUCCGGCGCAUCCGUUAUUAUGUUCGCUCCUUUUCGCUCUCGUUCUCCGUCCCGGGACAGCGGCAGAGGUCUCCGUGUGGAGCGUGGACAUCAACUCGACACAAGAUGCAGUGUUUCGAAAGACGCUGUACGCCAACACCACCAUCUACAUGAACUUCCAGGGUGACCCAGCGUCAUGCGACAGAGCCUUGGCCUUCAACAUCAGCUGGUACCUGCGAUCGUCCGUUUGCUAUAAUGAAGUCUUUAACACACCAGACAACAAGGCGAGGAACAUGUUUGGUAUGGACCACAUGUUGAAAGACGGCUGGAGCGGAUUCUACAGUCAAGGAUACAUGUUCUUUGAAAACUGCUCCUCCCUCUUCGCACCGAAGGCAUAUUACACAGACUUCAACCCUUAUCAGCCGCUUUCCAGCCCAAAGAGUGACCCGUCGAAUCAGAGUCUCACGUGGCCCGACAAGCCGGAUCAGAGUGCGGUGGCUAAAGCCUGGGAGGACAGUCCAUAUCUGUUCAUAGUGAAGGUUCAGUGUUUGUUUCGUAGCCCUGAGGAUGAAGACAUCGCAGCAGAGCAGCUCAACUUUGCUUUUACGAUGAAAGUGGAGAUGAAAGGACCACAUGACUACUCGUCUCCAGCAGACUGGCCCCAGAUGAUGUUCUUCAUGGUCAUGUGCAUCGUCUACGUUCUGUUCGGGGCCCUCUGGCUUUUCUGGUGCGCCUGUUAUUGGAGGGACCUGCUGAGGAUCCAGUUCUGGAUCGGAGCCGUCAUCAUCCUCGGCAUGCUGGAGAAAGCCGUGUUCUACUCCGAGUACCAGAGCAUCCGCUACAAAGGAGACUACGUUCUGGGUGCGGUGAUUUUCGCUGAGCUUCUCUCUGCGCUCAAAAGAUCUUUAGCUCGGAUCCUCGUCCUCAUCGUCAGCCUCGGCUACGGAAUAGUCAAGCCCAGGUUGGGUACCACGGUUCAUCGGCUGGUAGCUGUUGGGCUUCUUUACCUUCUUUUCUCCUCAGUGGAAGGAGUCCUGAGAGUCACAGGAGGUUUCUACGGGACGGUUGCUCUGGUGGCAAAUCUCAGCCUCUCGCUCAUCGACUCCUGCGUCAUGUGGUGGAUUUUCAUCAGCUUGUCUCAAACCACUCGUCUCCUGAAGCUCCGCAGAAAUGUGGUGAAGCUCUCGUUAUAUCAGCACUUCACCAACACGCUCAUCUUCUCUGUUGUCGCUUCCAUCAUCUUCAUCAUCUGGACCACCAAAGUCUUCAAGCUGGUCGACUGCCAGAGGGGUUGGCGGGACUUGUGGGUGGACGAUGCCUUCUGGCGCCUGCUGUUUUCCACCAUCCUGCUGGUCAUCAUGGUGCUGCUGAGGCCUUCUGCCAACAGCCAGAGGUUCUCCCACUCGCCUCUGAUCGAUGAAGAUGAUGAAGAAGACGAAGCCAAGGAGCCCAUGCUGAACGAAGCUUUUGAAGGAAUGAAGAUGAGAGGCUCGAAGCCCGACACCAACGGCUCCCAGAAGUUAUUGUCUAAAGAGGAUGAAGACCUCAAAUGGGUCGAGGAGAACAUUCCUACAACCGUUGCUGAUGUAGCUCUCCCUGUCAUGCUCGACGAGGAAGAGGAAAUCCUGAAAACCAAGAUGGAGCGAUCCAAAAUGGAGUGAACACGAGAAGGUGACGUGAGACUGAGCGGAAAGCAAUUUCACUGAGGUGUUCUGAGCGACCUGAUUACCAAAAAAAUGUGGGAAAAGCCAACAGUUAUCUCCAGACACUUUACGCAUUUUCUUUUUUGAAUUAAUGUUUUUUUUUUUAAAUUGUUAUUUCACACGUAUUGUUUAACACUAUAAUAAGCUGAAAGAAGCCUGACUGGCGUGUUCUGUUGAGGCGCUGCUGUUGGACUGUCGAUGUCAGUGUGGAGGUCAGUGUUGAAGCCGAAGCGACCACACAGAAGAGCAUUUUUAUAAAUAUCUUUCUGUUUAAAUCAUCUUUAUCCACUCUCACCAAAAUCAAACUGAAGCAGGGCCUGUUGCAUUCAUUUGCCCACGUGGAAAAUAGAUUAUUUAUCAAAAUCCUGUACUGUGUUUUUGGACUAAUCCAAUAUUUAAGGUGGUUUUUUUGACCACUGGUUAGAUUAAAAACAAAAAAAAAAAACAUUUGUGGUAGAUUCUGCAGAAGUGACAGCUGAUGAGUUGGAUUUAUGGGAAUGUAAGUUCAGAUUUAAACUUGAGUGAAGUACUAAAUGAUGCUUGGCAGCCAAGAUAUCAGCUGAUAGUACACAUGAAGGAGGGAACACAUGCUGAAAACACCAACAUAGUGUGCAUUGUUGGAUUCAGUUUUAAACCAACACAUCAAGUCCCUCUCUGUUUUUUAUUAAACCCCUAAAAACUGACCUCUGUGGAUUAAAGUUACAUAUUUAGAAGUUUUUCCACUCUCCGAUUCUCCUCAAACACUAUACAACUACACUACACAAUGACAAGUUGUAAAACUGGAGUAAUUUAGCCACCAAUAUUCUGAAGAUAAUGAUAGUCCCACCUUGAAAGCUGACAGAAAUGGUUCUUUAGAUCUUUAGAUUUGUUACGUAUGAAACUCUAGAAGUCUGACUCUAUGUUUACGCUGCAGUUUUAAGGUAGAAAAGCUCAGCGUUGAUGUUGACCGCUCAUGAUGUGUCCUCUAGCAUCUAAAAAAAAACCCUCAUGUGGACACGUUAUCCAGGUUGAAAACUUGAUUUUCAGCAAAGGGAGACACUGGGUUAUCUUCAGACGUGUGCUGUUCCAUGUACAGUAUACAACAGCAGUGAGUGCACCCUUGUGCAACAUCGCUUAAAUGUCAAAUGACUGCAAAUUGUGUCAUUCUACAGUAACUGCAUUACUUCUAAGUUUGGUUGAAAGUAAUAAUUAGAAGAAUAUUUUCAUCAAAUUGUAAAGUACCACGUUAGAUUUUAAUCUAGAGGGCGCACCGCACAUCCUCAAUUCAACAAAGAUCAAAAGAGUUAUUACAGAGAUUUAAAUCUUUUAUUUUUAAUACUUUGUGUGUUCAAGAUGUUCUGCCACUCCUUAACGACUGCUGGCAGGGUUUAGUUGCUCUACCUGAACUUUAAAAUACCCCAAAGUGGUUCUAUUGGAUUCAAGGCAGGCCACAUCCUCGUUUUUCUUUAAUCUUCUUCAGAAACUUGUAUGCUUUUGGCAGUUUGCUGGAAUAUUCCUCUUCUGCCAAGCUUCUGGUCAGACAGUCUCUUGGUUUAUCCAUAGACAUUCAUGGUGUCAUCUGUAAAUGUCAUCUUAACACCUUUCACACUCAUUCAGUCCUACAUUAUCACACGUCUGUGCUUCACUGUCUGGACUAUGCGUUCACUGUGGUAGUCCUGGUCAUGUUCACAGCAAACAAACUGGACUGAAUCUGACCCACACACAUUUAUCUGGGUCUCAUCUGACCAAAGAAUGUGCUGCCAACAUUCACCAGGCUUCUUUUUGCAAGUUUCAUCUUGCAGUUUUGCGUCAAAGCAAAAGCAAAGGUGUUUCUCUUGGAGACCGUCCAUAGAGGUCGAGAUUAUGUCCUUCAUGCAAGUCUAAAGUAAGUUCCAAGUCUAAAGCAGCUGCCAUCUGAUGUUCAGAGCUAGAUUGUCAAAGUAGUGCACUUUCUGUAGCAUCCUUUCAGCCCUGAUUGGUGGUACUAGGGCUUGUGGAGUUCCUCCUGAUUGCUGCUGGAAUUGUGUCGCCACUGAUUUCAAUGGCAUCUUCCUGUAGCCCUUUAGGUCUUUGAGAAAUCUAGCAUUCAGGUUCUUUAGUUCAUCUAGAAUUUUUAUUACCUCCGCCAGGAGGUCAUGUAAUCACCGCAGUUUGUUUGUUUGUCUGUCUGUCUGUCCGUCUCUGUGUGUGUGUGUGUGUCUGUUUGUCUGUUAACAGCAUAACUCAAAAAGUCAUGGACGGAUUUUCACCAAAUUUUUUACAGGAAGUCCGGAAGAGCAAAAGUAACAAUCGAUUAGAUUUUGGAGGUGAUCCGGAUCACCGUCUGGAUCCAGGAUUUUUUUGAAGGAGUCUGUACAAUUGCAAGGGAUGGCCGCAAGGCCAUCUCUCAAUUGUACAGACAGAGGUCGCUGGAUCGAUCCCAGGCGACGGCCGAAUUCCGCGCUGCCGGUUCGGGCUGCCCGAGUGAGUCGGGACCGACGGAACGAAGCGGCGGCGACGCGUACGGUACCGUCACAUGUGCGCGCAACGCUACCGUUACGUGCGUGCGGCGGCACCGCCGUCAAAACACUGUGCUGUUACACUGUACAUGCAUGUUAUGCUUUGUGCACAAACUGUUAAAACUAAAUUAAAUCUGUCCAUGACGUUUUGGGUUAUGCUGUUAACAGACAAACAGACAGACAGACAAACAAACUCCGAUUGGUCAUCUGUACAACUGAGCGAUGGCCUGGCGGAGGUCUGCGCUCUCCGGGUGCUUUUCGAGUUUUUCAUGUGGAGCCAUGAUGUAGGCAUGCAGAUAGAGGAACAAAGCUGAGAAAGUUCUAGUGACAGGUCAUUUAACAACCGUGUUCAUGAAGUAACACUAGCUGGAAAUGACACAUGAAGUUUUCUAACUCAUGUGUCCUACAUUGGGUCCAGUAUUUUCAGUACAGUUUUUUUUCAAUCGUCUAUAAGAGAAAAAUACUUGUCAACUUAAAAACAGUACAAUUACUAUGAGAUGAUACAACUCUGGAAUCAUUUCACUCCAAACUGACUCACUUCCUGUUGUAUACUGUGUUUGAAAAUUUUUGUUUUCAGCAUGUGUUUUAUUGUUUUACAUGAUUUGGUCACAUGAUGAUUUCAUAUUUAAAUGAGCAGCUGUGUCAUAUGAUUCACCAUUUAGUCAGAUACCUGAAGGAGAAUGUUCUCAUGCUUCUGCGUAACCAUUAUGUGUGUUUGUUAGUGUUUGUGUGUUUUAUUUUUAACACAUAACUACCACUUUGUUGUCUGGCUAACUGAGUAAUCCUGAAUAUAGAUAAUGAAUAAGCUGCUGUUACUAUACAGUACAUCUUCAGUGAAUAUCGAUACUUGAAGCAGUUGUUGGGAAACCGUGCUACAUCUCUGUAUUUUGGGGGGAAAUUGUAAUUUUUUUGGGAGAAUGUAAUGAUGCUCUUGGUUAUGGAGCUCUUAAAGCUAAGUAUAUAUAUAUAUAUAUAUAUAUAUAUAUAUAUAUACUGUCAUAACACAGUGGAUCAGUAGUGUCCGUUUUGUCGACACGAGCCAGAUCACUCCUCUGGGAUAUCAUCUUUUCACAGAAGCUAAAAAUGUGACUCCAGAAUUGGUGAUUUACUUGAAAAAUAACUUCAUGGUUCUCAGUUAGAGGGGGAAAUGUGUGAUCCUUGUUAAAGCUAAUUCCAGACCCAUUUCCAAUAAUAAUUGUCUGAAGUUAAGCCUAUUUAUUUUCACAUUUAGAAACGGUUAUACUUGGUAGCUAGUCACAAAAAGGUCCACUUCACCAUAAUACAAGAUUUUUUGCCACUGGAUGACAUAAUCUAUUGAUAAGCCUCAUUAAAUUAGAUUUAAUUAUACAUGUGAUUUACUGCAUGUAUGUAAUCCCUCUUCACUCCCUCUCCACUAACUGGAUCAGAACUCUAUUUAGAGGCACAGGGUAGUUUUCAAAAAGUACUGUAAAUGAUAAAUCACUACACUGUAAUUACAGUUUCCGUUAAGCCACUCCCGACCACACUGCUAACUUGUCUUGCCUUACGUGGCAGAAUUAUUUCCUCAUCCUUGUGCAAUCUACUGCAGUAUGUGUGGAUAUUCUAAAAUCCUUUAUUUAUGUUUUUUUUGUUUGUUUGUUUUGGUUUGUUUUUUGUAUUCAUCCAAGUCUUGACAAUAUUUUAUUUCAGAGAGACACUGAAGCCCUAUUUCUGGAUUUGAGUCUGCAUUGUAUUGUGAAGCUGAUGAUAUUGUAUGGCUUUUUGCAUUUGUCCAGCAAAUAAAAUUUAUAUUGAACUACG